CCCAGGAAGCCAGCACCAGCGAUACAUCGAUUUAGUUCCAGCUCUAACCCUGUGUGUGUGUGCGGAUGGGAUGUAAAUUCUAAUAUCCGAUAAUUAGAAAAGUGAACCAAACCCAAAACGUUCUUAUCGCGACUGUCAUGCUCUUUCCGCAGCCACUGCGCUGUCCCCGUUGAAACUCGACCAGCAAUUAAAGGAAGCCGAGGAAGGCGAAGGGGAGCAAAACAAAGUACAACGCAAUACCAGUGCGAUGGCGACGAUUGAGGAGGCGAGCGAGUGCUGAAAAAAUAAGAUUGGAUACAGGAACGAUCCAGAGGUAGCUCCAAACGGUCGGCCAAGAGCUCGAGGAGCACUAAUCAACCCAAAGUAAAAGCGCACAAAAUCAAGGGCGGUGGCACACAGAUGAGACAUGCGAAUGGUGCGGAUGGUGAAGACAAAUCGCUGCAGCACUGGACAUAGCGGACUAGAGCAAUAACAGUACAGACGAAGGCCCAAACGUCUCCAAACUUGUGGUACUGCGCGACAGAAUGUUCAAGAGGAGUGGCUACAUACUCACCCUGCUGGGCUUAAGCCUGGUCUAUCAUGAGGCAACCUUGGUCGAUGGCCACGUGCUGGUUUACCGAAAACCAACCAGCCAGUUGAUCGAGGAGUUCAAUGCUCUGCCAGCACAAUUCGGCCCCCAACUGCCUUCAAAUGGUCUCAAAGUGUAUGUGGUUCCCGCCAGGCGCCCUUAUUACGGUUGUGAUAGCUUGGAGAGACCACCGCACCUGAAUUACCCACCCUCAGCCAAAUUCGUGGCACUUGUAUCGCGUGGGGGCGAGUGCACCUUUGAACGGAAGGUACGAGUGGCCCAGAAUGCGAGUUAUUCUGCUGUGAUUGUGUACAAUAAUGAAGGCGACGACUUAGAGCAAAUGUCCGCCGACAAUGUAUCGAGUAUAAGAAUACCCUCGGUAUUUGUAGGCCACACGAGCGGUAAAGCGCUGGCCACGUACUUUACUCCCGAGGUGGUGCUAAUAAUUAACGAUGAGCUGCCCUUCAACAUCAAUACCCAGCUAAUAUUGCCGUUCUCCAUUCUGAUUGGUAUGUGCUUCAUCAUUAUGGUUAUCUAUAUGAUCUACAAGUGCAUCCGCGAGCAGCGCCGCAUGCGUCGCCAUCGACUGCCAAAGAGCAUGCUGAAGAAGUUACCAGUGCUCCGAUAUACGAAGAACAAUGCAAACAACAAGUACGACACCUGCGUGAUCUGUCUGGAAGAUUUCAUCGAGGACGAUAAGCUGCGCGUGCUGCCCUGUUCACAUCCCUAUCACACGCACUGUAUUGAUCCCUGGCUCACCGAAAACCGUCGCGUCUGUCCCAUUUGUAAGCGCAAGGUUUUUACGAAGGGCGAAGCGCGUGCAAGUCGGAGUCGACAGCCUUCUUUGGAUAAUGUCACGGAUACGGAUGACGACACAACGCCGCUGCUGCAGCAACAGCAGUCCAAUGGCAGGCAGAUGGGCCAAGUGAGCUCUGCUUCUUCGGCUGGUGGAGCAGCAGCUGGAAGCAGCUCAAGCGUUGCGGCGGCAGGUGUCGCCGGUACCACGCGACAUGGGACCUUCCGCCGUGGGGACGCUGGCCGAAAUCCGUUUGAAGAGUCCCAGAGCUCUGAUGAUGAGAACGCUCUGCUGGACUCUACUGUGCGUCCGGCCACGUCUUCUGGAGCACAUGAACGCAUCAAUCCCUUUGAUCGUGCUCCGAAUCUACCGGCCCACCUAGCCGAACAGUUAACUGAGAGUCGUCGCUCGGUCUGGUCGAGGAUCAAUUUUGGCUCGUUCUUCCGCCGGCAGCCAGCUGUUAUUAGUGUGGCGGCGCCACCCUAUCUGGAGCGCGUUGAGUCCGGUACCAGUGCCAUGGGUCUGCCGGUGACGGGGACAAUUGCUGUAGCCUCGCCCGCAUCGAACAACAUUCUCAAUCCGAAUUUAAGCGGCUCCUUCAAGGACGAAGACGAUAUGCCACCGCAUCGCUCGAUCUACGAACCGAUAGCAAUCAGCACGCCUGCAGCUGACUCAGCAGCACUCGACGAUUCGGCGUUCCUGCAAACGCCCACGCAGGGCGGCAUAGGCGUGGCCGCCCUGCCGCACAGCGCAUCCGAUCGCCAGUUUCUCAUAUGAGGCGAGCUAGUUCGCCGCGAGUCCUUAGCCUGUAGGUUGUAGGUGGUCGUCGAUCCUGGAUACAUGAGCCCAGGCCGGCUCCGAGUUUUUCGUUUGUGUUCGCGAUCGGUGCUGUGGCUACCAGCUUCUUUGUUUUAAACAAUUAACAAAUGUUUAUUAUUAAUAUUAAUAAAUAUGUAGCCGAACCUUGUGUUGGACUGUGAGCUGUCCCACUUCCAGGGCACCCACCCACAAAAAACCCACACAGACACGAAACACACACGCGUCAUUUAUAUGCGUAUACAAAUUGUGAUUUAUUUUAUAUACAUUUUACAAUUAACCCAAUUGGCAUAAGAAAUACCGCCUCGGCAGCAAACUCCCAACCAAAAAUCUAAACAAUAGAUGGAAGAGUAAAAUACCAAGUAACCACAUAUAAGAUUAAAUUGUUUACCUGAUUCGCAUUAAUUAUUGAUUCAGUUGUUCAAUCAAAAAACCAAAAUAUAUCCAAGCAACACUCUGCACACCUAUUAAACUGAUUCACGAACAUAGUUACGUUUUAGUUAAGAUGGUCUUUUUAUUUCGAUGUUUUUGAAAACUGCUUUUCAAAUCCUUACAAUGAAAAUAAUUAAAUCAAAUUAUUAAGAGGCACUGGCCUGUAUAUUGUACAUUAUUCUCGAUUUAACUAAUUUUAAGUUUACUAUAUAGCAUAUGAUACUGAAAUCCAAUGAUGCAAUAGAUUGUCGACACAUUUUUUUUUUUGGAGAGCAAAGGUUUUUCAAAUAUGAUCAAAUUAUAUUUCAAGUCAAACUCGUUGCCACGCUCCACUAAAAGUAGGAAACUUAAGCGCUUGUUUCUGAUUAUUUUUCCCUAAAAUAUUUAAAUUUGCAACAAAAAUUGCUGUUCACAUGAAAACGAAAUCAAUUAGGGCAUCGAUGCAAAUAUAAAAUGCUGUGGCAGUGUAAUCUAAAUUUAAUUUACGGUCAAUAAACGUAAUUAACAUAAACUAA